UGCCUGUGUGUUUGUUUUGUUCCAUCUUUCGCGACUAGUUAUGACGAGUUCUUGGAUCUGAAAUUAAAUUUUGAGUCUAUUUCCUCCAAUUUUAGCAGCUCACACCGAAAGUGCUUGUGAUCGUGAAGUUUCCGUCCUCUCUAUAGUAAAUCGCUAAGAAAUUCAGUGAACGCGACGCGGGCCAUUUCAUGCUUGCUGAACGUGAGUGACCAUUGCAAAGUGCAGGCAGAAUACCUUGAACUUGAGUCAGUUCGCACCUGCGUUUUCCGGCAGAAUUCCACGAGCCUUUCCAACCCAAAUCCUCGCUCACCGGCUUACACGUGGUUUACCAAGGUUAGUACCCGUGGAGAUUCCAUCACAUAUUAAUUCAUGUAUAUAUUUAUAUAAAUAUUUCUCAGCAUUGUGGCUCGUGGAUUUGUCUCGAAGAAAUCGGGGAAUUAGAAACUGCGGUAUCCCGGGGUGCGCUCACGAGGAUUCUAAUCGGAUUGAUCCGGACGAAAAUUCUCACCCGCAAGACACAUGGACACUCCUCAAAACAUUACUUGGAAGAAAGCAUCGGGCGUAACACGCGUGAUGGAUCCGACGGAAAACGUCCCCGAAGUCGGUAACACAGGUACCAUAAAGCAUGAAGUAUCAGAGUUGGAUACGAAAUCGGCAUUCGGCGAAGACCGCGCCGAUCCUGUCCUCCACCCCGUGAAAAGAGAGAACGGAACUUCUUCAUGUGAUGGCUUCAUCUCUCCUAUACCGUUCCAAGGCGAUUCCCUGUACGGUUUUUCCGCUCGCGUAAAAGUCGAAGUAGAGGAAAGUUUAACCGACCUGUUGCGUACAAGCAUUGAAAUUAAGGAAGAAGACACUUGGCAAUCCGACCAAUCGGAAUGCCCAGUAAAAGGCAGUGCAAACGAUGUCGGAAGUGAUUCGCGUCAUACUUUGAAUCGUAUUCCAUUGACUCCGCCUGUUGGACGUGGGAACACCAAUGGCCAACCUCCCCACCAACUCCAAGAUUUCCGUGAAAUAAAACUAGAAUCUAAUGGAGACGCCUGUAACAGCAAAACGUCUUACGAGCCUCAUAUUGAAAGGACAGUAUUUCCGACCGAUGGAGCUGAAAUCCGAAACAAACUAGUCAGAAGCACCCAACGUUCUGUAUCUUCAACGCGUAAAAACCUUCCGAAAAAACGUAUGCGGCCGCUUAAUGGCGAAAAACCUUUCUGUUGCAGUCAUUGCUCUUCCUCUUUCAGCCGAGAAGAUCAGUUAAAGCGACAUAUUCGAACGCAUACUGGCGAGAAACCAAUCAUUUGCAGUCAUUGCUCUUUCUCUUUUAGUGGAAAAAAUGCUUUAAACCGACAUAUCCGAACGCAUACUGGCGAGAAACCUUUCAGUUGCAGUCAUUGCUCUUCCUCUUUUAGCCGAAAAGAUCAUUUAAAGGGACAUAUUCGAACGCAUACUAGCGAGAAACCAUUCAUUUGCAGCCAUUGCUCUUCCUCUUUUAGUCACAAACAUGCUUUAAAGCGACAUAUUCUAACGCAUACCGGCGAGAAACCUUUCAGUUGCAGUCAUUGCUCUUCCUCUUUUAGCGUAAAAGAUCAUUUGAAGGUACAUAUCCGAACGCAUACAGGCGAGAAACCAUUCAUUUGCAGCCAUUGCUCUUCCUCUUUUAGCCAAAAAGGAGAUUUGACGGUACAUAUCCGAACGCAUACUGGCGAGAAACCUUUCAGUUGCAGUCAUUGCUCUUCGUCUUUUAGUCGCAGCAAUGCUUUAAAGCGACAUAUUCUAACGCAUACAGAUGAGAAACCAUUCAUUUGCAGUCAUUGCUCUUUCUCUUUUAGUGGAAAAAAUGCUUUAAACCGACAUAUCCGAACGCAUAUUGGCGAGAAACCUUUCAGUUGCAGGCAUUGCUCUUCCUCUUUUAGCCGGAAUGAUACUUUAAAGCAACAUAUUCUAACGCAUACUGGCGAGAAUCCUUUCAGUUGCAGUCAUUGCUCUUUCUCUUUUAGUGGAAAAAAUGCUUUAAACCGACAUAUCCGAACGCAUACUGGCGAGAAACCUUUCAGUUGCAGUCAUUGCUCUUCCUCUUUUAGCCGGAAUGAUACUUUAAAGCAACAUAUUCUAACGCAUACCGGCGAGAAACCUUUCAGUUGCAGUCAUUGCUCUUCCUCUUUUAGCGUAAAAGAUCAUUUGAAGGUACAUAUCCGAACGCAUACAGGCGAGAAACCAUUCAUUUGCAGCCAUUGCUCUUCCUCUUUUAGCCAAAAAGUUACUUUAAAGCGACAUAUUCGAACGCAUACUGGCGAGGAUCCUCUCAGCUGCAGCCAUUGCUCAUCCUCUUUUAGCCGGAAACGUGAUUUAAAAGUUCAUUUCCGAUCUCAUACCGGCGAGAAACCUUUCGCAGUUGCAGUCCUUGCUCCUCCUCUUAUAUAGUCAAACAGGUUAACUGCAAAGCCACAUAUCCGAUCGCAGACGGGUGAAAAACCCCUUCAGCUGCAGUUUUAGCCUUUCUGUUCUUGUCGAAAAGACAAUUUAAAUCUAUAUAUCGGAAAGCGUACGGGCGAGAAACCCCAGUUACAGUCAUUGCUGUAGCUAGGUUGUAUUAUAUAAUAAAUGCUAACCGUGAAUCGAUGUAUAUUUUUGAAUCUUACGUAUUUUUUGAAAAUUUAUUCGUUCUGUUCUUUUGAUCAGUCUGAUAAUUUUUAUGAUUGCAUUAGUUUUAUAUGAAAUAAAUUGUAACAAAUGUUUUUGAUAUUAAGGAUUCCGUAUUUUGCUGAAAAUGUAACUCGACGUGACAUACAUUGGAAGCACUCCGGCGAAAAACUUUUCAGCUGCAGUCCAUGAUUCUCGUCUGUUGCUGCCUAAAUCAAUUUGAUGCGACUAAUUCGAAAGCACUAGUUGAAAAACUUGUCCUUGCUCUGCUUGGCUUACUGUGAAACGCCUUAUAGCGAACUGCAAAACACUCGCGAAAGCAUUGCCUUGAAAAACCAUUCAGUCGCAGUCAUUUCUCCGUCUCUUUUGUUGUAUAAUAUCGUUAAUUAUAACAUGAAAAUCAGCAAGAGACCUUUCAAUCUUGUUUACUCCGCGCCCCAUUUGGUGAAAAGAAUAACAAAACAUGUAUUUUUAAUUCUAAGAAUCCCGCCUGUAUUUAAUCACUGCCAAAUCUAUUCAGUAUUUUGAAUUAAUUUCGAAAUGAUAAUUGGUGUUUCCUUUUCAGAAAAGUGUCUUGAACUUAAAUCUAUCAAAUACAACUUAUCAAUUUAAAA